UAUCCUGUACUGAUAUUCCAUUUUACGGUAUAAUUUCGAAACUCGUUAUUUGGUUUGGCGGAGUUUAUAAAAAUAGAAAUAAGGUGGUGGGUGGGCUGUAUAGCCCAGCAAGCAAUGUUCUUAACCCUCGAAUGUGAAGACUGAUGUGCAGAUUCUUAGACCCGAGUGGCUAGGCAGCUCGCCUAUGAGUCCAGGUCCCAGAAGGCCCAGACAGGAAGCAGGAAGCAAGCCGCGGGAGCUGCAGCAGAGAGUCCUGGCUUCGGUUAAGAGACGUUGCCUCUUUUCGAGUCUUGGCUCCAAUACGACCAAAAAAAAGAGAAACAACGGUCGUGCCAAAAAGGGCCACGGCCAUGUGCAGCCAAUUCGCUGCACGAAUUGCGCCCGGUGCGUGCCCAAGGAUAAGGCCAUUAAGAUGUUUGUCAUUCGGAACAUUUUAGAAGCCGCUGCAGUCAGGGGCAUAUCUGAAGCAAACGUCUUCGACGCUUACGUGCCUCCCAAGCUCUAUCUCAAGCUGCACUACUGCGUGAGCUGUGCCAUUCAUAGCAAGGUCGUCGGGAAUCGAUCUUGUGAAGCCCGGAAGGACCAAACACCCCCACCACGAUUCAGACCUUCUGGCGCUGCACCCCAACCUCCACCAAAGCCCAUGUAAAGAGGUGAUUUCAUGAAGGCAGAAAGAAAAAUACCAUGGAAAAAUAAAAUGGAAGUUAUACUUUAAAAAAAAAAAAAAGAGAGA